GCCAACUAGAGGGCAGAGUGAGGCCCGCCAGACCCAUAUUAUACACUCUGUUAUUCAUCUCUCCUAAACCCUAAUUUUAACUAUCGGUUUUCCCCUAAACCCUAUUCUCAUUGAAACAGCCUUCUCUCCAAGUUUUCAGACCGAUCCUUCUUUCAGCGUAGCGAUGAAGCUUGUUAUUGGAUCAAAUCCAUGGACCUAUUCUUGCAUUUCUAGGAUUCUGAGAGUUGUCGCCUACUCCACUAACACCCUUAGCCCCAACGCCUCCCCUUCAAAGCCACCAGACACUCUGCCCAUCCGCGUCUCUCGAUCCGGACAUCCCAAAGCCUCCAUCGUCCCUGUCCUCAACCAAUGGCUCGAAGAGGGCAAAGCCAUCAAGCAAUCCAUGCUCCACACUAUAAUCAGACAUCUCCGCAGUUUCGGACGCUUCAAGCAAGCCCUCGAGGUGUCCGAGUUUAUGAGCGAAGAAAUGAGGUAUGGUAUUUCAGUUGGCGACAUGGCUGUGAGGCUGGAUUUGAUCUCGAAAGUUCACGGCAUUGAACAAGCUGAGAAAUACUUUGAUAGUCUUCCUGACACUAUGAGAACUUUCCAGGUAUAUGGCGCCCUUUUAAAUUGCUAUGCGCACCACAAAUGUUUAGAAAAAGCAGAGGCCACUUUGCAAAUUAUGAGGGAAUCGGGGCAUCUUAGUAAUGCAGUCUCCUAUAAUGUGAUGUUAAAUCUCUACAGUCGCCUAGGAAAACAUGAUAAGUUGGAUGUCCUAAUGCAAGAGAUGAAAGAAAAGGGAAUCAAGCAUGAUGCUUUCACCAACAAUAUUCGGCUGAAUGCCUAUGCAUCCUCUUCUGAUAUUGAGGGGAUGGAGAAAUUCCUGACCACAAUUGAAAAUGAUGUUGAAGUCUCUGUGGAUUGGCAUGCUUAUGUUGCUGCUGCAAGUGCAUACUUGAAAGCCAGGUUAACUGAAAAGGCUUUAGAAAUGUUGAGUAGAGCAGAGCAACUAGUUACUCAGGCAUCAAGAAAGCAUGCUUAUGAAAUAUUCCUCACACUGUAUACUAAUCUAGGGAGAAAAGAUGAUGUAUAUCGUAUAUGGAGGUUGUAUGGGAACUUGGGGAAAUUCUUUAACUCUGGCUAUUUAUGUAUGAUAAGCUCAUUGGUAAAGUUGGAUGAUUUGGAUGGUGCUGAGAGGAUUUUGGCAGAGUGGGAGUCUGGAUACUCAUAUUAUGAUGCUCGGAUUCCAAAUGUGAUGAUCAGUGCCUAUUGUAGAAGGGGUUUUAUCAAAAAGGCUGAAGCAUAUACAGUCAGUCUGAUAGAAAGAGGUGUGAUUAAAGAGCCUGAUGCAUUUAUUUUGAAUAGUUUGGCUACUGGAUACCAAAUGGAUGGGCAGAUGUCAAAGGCAGUGGAAACCAUGAAGGCUGCAAUCUUGUCUAGCAGUUCGGGAUGGAAACCUAACCUCUGUACUUUGGCUGCUUGUCUCAAAUUCUUGGAAGGAGAGGAUAACUUAGAAGCAGCUAAAGAGCUGUUGCAGUUGCUUCAGGUCAGAGGCCAUUUGUCAAAUGAUGUUUAUAAUGGAUUAGUUAAGAAUAUUUUGGACGGAAACGUGGAUGUCAGUGCCCUUGACCAGACAAAAGGAGGCAGUGAAACUCUUGAUGAGGAAAGUACAAGGACUCAUGAAGGUCAAAUUGAGGCUAGCAGCUGACCUUUAUAUCUAGUUGACCUGGCAAAACGAUUGUUACACGCUUUACCCCGCAUUAAUUAUCUGCUAUUGUUGUUUCUUGAUUAGUCUCUGUACUUUGGUUAGGCAUCUAAUUGACAUAUCUGGUAGUUCGUAAAGGUCCUUGAUUGCAUAAAAUUUGCAGAUAUUAUUUUGAAAACUCUACCUUCCUAUGGUGUUGACCCAAGUUGAUUUAGGAAAGGCUAUUGAUGCUGACUUGUUUCGUGGUAUGGGAGACUGUUGCACCAUCAGACUGGCUCCUAGCCUGGUAUUGAGUUGUGAGUGCUACACGCCUUACUUGCUGGACAUUCUAUCUGGAUCGGAUCCAUAUUUCCUUCAAAAACUAAGGGGCCAAUAGUCAUUCCAAGUUCCAUUCCCAUCGAAAUGGUUAGUUACCCUCCCCUGACGGGCUGACCUUACGGCUCCCACUUUUGAAGGGAGCAUGACAUUGGGAUUUCGGGUUUCCUAAUAAUUAUUCAACAUCUCUGUCUAUACUGACUUUUACUUUUCCAUAUAUUUACAAAUCAAUGAAAAAUAAGAUUUCUUUUCUGAAAA